AGUUUUGUGUGCUCGGCAUCCACUAUUAGCAAAAUAUAGCCAGUUCUUUCUCCUUGUGCGGUGCAAGGCUCACUCAUAGAGGAGUAGAGAGAGUCCUACUGCAAGCAGGCAAAUCAGAGCCAGACAGAGAGGAAUCAGUGAAACGAAACAAAUGUAAACCGUUUUUAAGUUGUUAAUGUUUGAUAGAGAUGCUAAAUGGUGAAAACAGAAAAUUGAUACCGACCGUGUGUUUGUUGGCAAAUGGUAAUACAAAACAAAAAGUGAAUCAGUGAGAAAAAAGCUAAUUGCAAAGUUAAAUACGACGAUAACAACAGAAAAAAAACAAACAAACAAACAAACUGCUUAUCGCAAACCCCUCGCACCAGCCAAACCGGAUUCAUUGAUGCGCGUGCAGUAAAAUGGCCUCAUCUCCUACGCCGUCACUAGAAUCGUUACCCGGUGCAUCAAACUCGAUUGGAUCGUACGGUGAACCUACAGAUUAUCUUUCCGACUCGCCAUUGACCACACUUAGCGGUUCCGGAGCCGGAUCAUCGCCCCCUGCCAGUGACAGCGCCAUCUGCGACGACUACGUGACCGCGUCCAGCCUUGAGUCGGCCCAGUCGAACAGUUCCGAGUCGGUAUAUCCCCGGUGCACCGGCUGCAAAAGCAAACAGUCGGAUGCAGUAGCCAAGUGUAUCGAUUGCGUCAACUUCCUCUGCUCCAACUGUGUCACGGCACAUCAGUUCAUGCACUGUUUCGACGGACAUUCCGUGUACCGUAUUCCAAAUUCAAACUCUAGCGCGGGUUCAACGACCGGCACAACCACAACGCUCGCAAACGGUGGAGUUUUGGGCGGACUUGAAGGUAGCUUGUUGGCAAACAACAUACUGAAUAGCUCUAAAAUUAUGAACGGUUUCGAGCCGGCCCCACAUCGGCUAGCCUCGUUAAAUCUCACCAUCAAAGACGAAACCAGCAGUCUAGUAAAGUCCAUCAUGAAUAAUGUGAUAUCGCCACCGACAUCCACCGGUACCGGCGGAGGGGGAGGAAAUCUGCCUAUUACGACCGUCAACCAGCUUAAUAGUCAACUAUCGGCUCUAAACUUCAACGGUGUCGAAAUGAAUGGCCAGAACAAACCUACUUACUUCUGCAAACGCCACACCAGCGAGCUACUCAAAUUUUUCUGCCGCACCUGCAGCGUUCCGGUUUGCAAAGACUGCAUGCUUAUGGAGCAUCCGAACGGCGUGCACGAAUGUGAGCACAACCCGGACUCGACACCGAAACAGAUCGAAAACCUGCUACACACCGUCAGUGAAGUUCGUGCCAAGGCAACGGAACUACGGGCCCUAAUCAAGAAUGUGGAACACAACUCGCAGCGAAUCCAGGUGCAAUAUCAUAAAGCUCAGAACGAAAUAACCGACACACACCAGUUCUAUCGCUCGAUGCUAGACGAGCGGAAAGCCGAACUGCUAAAGGAGCUGCAAAGUUUCUACAACACCAAGAACAUGUCCCAAUCGGUGCUGCUAACCAAGAGCCAGGAUCAGGUCGACAAGGUGCUGCAGAGCUGCGAGUUUGUAGAACGCCUUAGUAAAUGUGCCGGCCUAGCGGAGACAAUCAUGCUGCGAAAGUUUAUGGAAAACAAACUACUGAUCUUUCCGAGCAUCACGCAAGAUCUGCAGGCCUCAUACGAGCUUGAUUUUGUGUCAAACUUUCAAGCGAUCCAGGUUGGCGUACGGAACACCUUCGGUUACAUACGUUCUACCACGGAUAUGACCUCGGACAUGACCUCGACGACAAAACAGCCGCCCAUCGCUCGGCCUACAUCGACCAACAACAGUAACGGCUCGAAUGGAGUCAUCGGCUCUAAUUUGAUCAUGACCAAUGGCAACAGCCCGUCCAGCAGUACCGGUAGUCUCAAUCUGAUCCAGCACCAGAAUCCACUGAUGGUAAACGGUGGCAACAGUGGUCACCUAAUCGAUCGACCGUUCCCCACCAACAACGGAAACACCGGAAAUGGCAUCAACAUGUCCACAUCGCCAUCGCAAACCUCGGGCGGCGGCAGCGGAGGCUUGUCCUCAUUCGACUCCAAUAUCAUCUCCAAACGAUUCAACAGCGCCAACAGUUUGGGACCAUUCGUCGGCGAAGUGCAACCAUUGCAGCCACUGAACCCUUACGAAAAGUGGAGCAACGGUGGAACCGACAUUUUCAACAACAUCAACGACCAGUACACCAUUCCGCUGAAUCACAUCCCACAAGAGUCGAUGAUCGAUCUCAGCUCGAAACUGAUGAACACGUCAAUUUUCCCACCGAAGUCGCAAAUCAAACGGCAGAAAAUGAUCUACCACUGUAAGUUUGGUGAGUUUGGAGUCAUGGAGGGACAGUUCACCGAACCUAGCGGUGUGGCCGUGAAUGCUCAGAAUGACAUCAUCGUUGCGGAUACGAACAACCAUCGGAUUCAGAUCUUCGACAAGGAAGGUCGCUUCAAGUUUCAAUUUGGCGAAUGCGGUAAGCGUGACGGACAGCUGCUGUACCCGAACCGAGUAGCAGUGGUUAGAACCUCCGGCGACAUAAUUGUGACCGAACGAUCCCCGACGCACCAAAUUCAGAUCUAUAACCAAUACGGACAGUUUGUGCGAAAGUUUGGAGCCAACAUCCUGCAGCAUCCCCGCGGCGUUACGGUAGACAGCAAAGGCCGUAUCGUGGUGGUGGAGUGCAAAGUUAUGCGGGUGAUCAUCUUCGAUCAGUCGGGCAAUGUCCUGCAGAAGUUUGGCUGCAGUAAACAUCUAGAGUUCCCGAACGGAGUGGUAGUGAAUGACAAACAGGAAAUCUUUAUCAGCGACAACCGAGCGCACUGCGUUAAAGUGUUCAACUACGAAGGCCAGUUCCUGCGGCAGAUUGGUGGCGAAGGCAUCACCAACUACCCGAUCGGAGUCGGAAUCAAUGCCAGCGGAGAAAUUCUAAUUGCGGACAAUCACAACAACUUCAACUUAACCAUUUUCACCCAGGAUGGCCAGCUGGUCUCGGCACUGGAAAGCAAAGUUAAGCAUGCCCAAUGCUUUGACGUGGCUCUGAUGGACGAUGGCAGUGUGGUACUGGCGAGCAAGGACUACAGAUUGUACAUCUACCGGUACGUUCAAGUACCGCCGAUCGGUUUGUAAAGGGGCGAGGAUCUGCGCGACGAACAAGCGCGCGGAUCAACCGAAUCCGAUAGACACUGUUUUGUAAGACACAGAAAAAGCAUGACAUACAACAUGAGACGAAGUGAAUGAACACAGAAAUAGAAAGGUUAGUUUGUGUACUCCAAAGCAAACCGUAUCAGCAAAAACAAAAGUUUUCUUUGCCAAAUUUUCCGAGCUACUAGUGUGUGAGAUUAAGAAAUGCGCCGCAAAAAGCAACGAAAACUAUACCGUCAGAAUCAACUCUAGUCCUCGCCAUUACCGUCGUUCCAGCACAGCCGUAUAUCUGCAUGCGUUCGAGAGUGUGUGCGUUUAUGCGAUUUCGGUUUACCUCCGGAUUCGGAUCGCAACCCAAACGAGCGAAAGCAAAAUCUUCAACUGAAAUACAGAUCUCCUCUCUAUCUUAAUUCAACGCGCGGACAAAGAGACGACGACGACAGGCGACCGCAUCGCAGCCACGGCACACAUCACGAUCCAGAAAUGACCAAGAACGAAGACGAUGAACCCUGAGAACGCGAUAUAUCUAUAGCACAGAGCGAAACGACGGAGCAAAGGAAGAGGGAAAGAGCAUGAACCGGAAGAACGAGAAAUGCUGUGGACGCUCCGAGGCCUACUUAUGCGACUAUCUCUUUCACUCUUUCGCUUAGCGCGUAAGCAGUGAGAUUGGACCUUAAGUCGCCUAGCAUAUAUGCAGAAUAUUGCUGUGAGUGACACGCUUUCGCUGCCACAAAACAACAACAACAACAACAGCAACAGCAACAACGACAACAAGAGGCAGAAAAAUGUGUGUUAUCAAUCUGAAAGCCAGCUGUUUACUACUGGUGCAGACUACGGUGAUGUCAAGUUCGUGUUUGGCGGUCGUUGAGGGCGACCGCGGCAGCAUGAGGAGGAAGCCAAGGUGCAACUUGGAGAGUACACAGACACAAGCACGCCGAUCGAUGGGAAACGAAGUCAAGUAAGAACUUUUUAGCACUCUCCUCCUUCCCUGUUGAUAAGAGUUUGACGAUGUGAAAACAUUGCAUUUCUCGCUGGCUAAUCGUAAGACUAAGUGAACUAAGAAGUUAAAACAACAUUAUGAGAGAUUAUGACAAGUCAAUAGGAGGAGAAAUACACACACACACACCCAGACACUGCUUUUAUAGAUAUGACUAUGGAAGCAAACUAAAUCUUAGCCUGAUAUCUUAAGAUCAGGCCUAUGCAUGCGAAGGGACAUUUUGGAUGUUCGGAAACGUUUUUCCGUUAGCGUGAAAAGAAACAAGCAUGAUUAUCCAUUUUUAUUAAAUUAAGAACUUAUUAUUAGCUAUUGAAUAAUGCAAAUCGAUUCGACUUUCUUACGACUGAACAAUUGUUAUUGCAAGUGGAUAUAAGCAAAAAUCUAGUACGAAGCAUUGAUUAUUAAGUGUAGACAAACACAUACACACACACUCUGGACAGCCUCUGAAUAUAUCCUAGUCAGGACCGUCCGGUUGUAUAUGUUUAAACAUACCUACUUAUUUACUACGGUAAUGCACCUCAAGAAGAAGACGAUCAUCAGCGUGUUUUAUUAUCAGGGUACAUGUUCGUUCAUAACUAAGAUUCAAACACACACAUACUUUAAGAUUACAGCAAAUCGUAUGGGAUUACAUAUACACAUACAUACACAAAACUCGAACGUGUUAGUUAAGUCAUCGAUUAUAUACUUGAAUUUUUGUGAGACUAGUGUUUUUCGUUCGAAUCGGUUCUCAGUGCUUCUUUUUAAAUGCGCUAACUCAUAAGACUUGGGAAAAAUACCCACUGUUAAUCGUGCCAUCGAAUGCCAUGCCUAAAUCACAGCCCAAAUCAACCAGAAAACCCGUUGAAUCGUGAAGAUUCGUUAUAAAUGAAAAUUACCACCCUGGCGGGGGACAAUAUCCAUUGGUAACGAGUCUUAGCACUCGGAAACGGCGUUAACUCCGAACCCUGGAGAAGUCGUUCCAUCGGGUGGGUUGAAACGUUGUGCGUGCGAGCAGGAUGUCCGUGGCAUGAUUCACAACAGGCAUUUUUUCAACAAUUUAAACGUAUUUAACUUCAAAUCUAUCUAAGUCGUCGCCGCCGUCGGGCAGCGUGUAUGCCCGCGAACGCGAAAGAAAUCAUGUUUCUAUUACUUUACGUUGAUAAAUAUAUAAAUAUUAUUAAAACAUUUUCUCGCUAAGUCGAUAACAAUACGAACGUGAAGCGAACACAUGAAAAAUAAUCUAUUAUUCGAUUGGCGGAAACAACCUAAAAUUGCAGCACAAUGCGCGCUAGUAGGGCCGAAAAAAAAGAAAUCGAAAAAAAGGAAAAUCAAUUAGGCGUUUAAUAUAUAUUUAAAAGAAAAUAUUUAGAUAAAUUGUUGAACUGUUUUGUAGCGUUUUACGAUAAACCAAAAUUUAAUUGCUAUCAGAAUGAGCAAACCACGAGUGUAAAACGAUGAACGCGAUAUCGAUUCGCCCAAUCGCUGGAAGCAAACUGAGACUCGUCCAAAUGUAACAUAAAUUAGUGUACAACAUCCAGUUCCAACAUAAUGCAAAACUGACACAAACACAGCCUGCGGCCCCCCUUUUUCGCGCUUAAGCGUUUCAUUUUCCUAGGAACGUCCGUUUCCUACUUAGAAAAAUAGUGAUUUAGUUAGGUAGAUUUUUUUUUUCAAUUCAAUCGUAAUUAUCAGUAACUUAUUCUAAUCAUUACUUUCGUUUUUCUCCGUAAAUGUAUGUGUGCGUUUUUCCUAUGCGUAUUUAUUUUUUUUCUUAGCCGUUAGAUUUCGCCUCCUCCGAGCUUCACCUUCGUCGAAGAACUGAACAGAAGCAAACUCAAACUCCAAACAGCGAAAGCGAAAGUGAGAAGUUAGUCUAACCGAGUAUAACCGCGAGGAAAACUGCCGUCUAACUACCGGCGGCGAAACUCCUCCGGAUUUUUUUUUUGUUAAAGUUUCCACGAAAAACUAUCAUAUCUGUGUUCAUAAACAUAACAUAACGAAUCAAACAAAGAAAUUAACACGACAAGUAAAACGAGAAACAGGAAAGGAAUUAGAUGAAGAAAAAAACAAGAGUCUGCUCUCUAACAAUGCAUGCAUGAACGGGAACGAGUGAACAAAAGAGGAGAUGACUACAGAGAGCUAGCGGAAGAACGAACAAGAAAAGAGUUUGAGAGACAGAGAGACAAAGAACGAAAAGUUUGUUUUCAAUGAUUUUACAGUGCAGUAUUACUGAUUUUUUUGUUGUUUGUUUUUGCUCGUUUACACACGUAAGGCCAAGGAGGAAUCCAGCGAUUGAUUUGUACAUAUUUAAUUAUUACUCAAAUUAUUGUCUUUAUUAUUAUUAUUAUUCCUAUGUAUUAGGUUUUUUUUCUCGCUGGUUUUUCACUAUUGAUUUUACAACAUUGUCGUCGUAGUAGUUGCGUGGUUUAGCUUUUUUCUCAUCUGAACCUAGGAAUGGCAGAGAACCAUUAUCUGUAGAAAGUAUCUCGUUAUUUUGUAAGACUUCAGCAAACAGUUCGUCAUAAUCGUGUGUGUUUUUUGCUAACUAUUUCACCUUUACCCUAGUAAAUAGUCGUCUCUUUUUAGUUAUCUCAUUUUUUAUUGUAUUUUUAUAUAUGAAUAUUAUUUUUGAUAUAUUAUUAUUGCAUUUAGAAAACGAUACAUUUUUAAAUUAAUAUUAUACACCUUUGUUGGUUAUGUUGAUUUUUGUUUUGUUAAAUUAUUACACGUAAGUUUUUGAGUUUAACGAGUUUUGACAAAAAACCUAUAAUUGUAAUAGUAAUACUAGUAGCAGUAGUUGUAGAUUAGCUCACUGCGAGGACAAAUAAGAAAAUAAAAACGCUGAAAAUGUACAUUUUUUAAAGCAACGAAAUUUGAGCAAUUUGUGUAACCUAUAAGAAACCGAAAAUAUCAAUCGAAAUAGAAACGCAUUUAAGCAAACCAGAGAGUGUGAGGGUGCAAGGUAUGCUCAUUUUUCUCUCGUUUUAAGCAAACGCAAAGAACUUAAAGACAACUAAAAAAAGAGAGCAAAAAUUUGUAGAACCAGAGCGAAGAGAAAGAAUUGUGUUGUGAAUCGCUCUAAUUUGUUUUCGCUGUCAGUAAGAGAAAAACAAACUGCCAAACAGCUGGAAAGGGAUCACAAAUAGUUCUUUUUUGACACUGAAAAAAAACUGUUUUAAUUUUUGUAGAAAUAAACUAGAAAGUUACUUACUUUUUUGAUUAUUUUUAAAUUAUAUGAUAUACGAUGAUUUAUUAACAAAACGAUUGAAAAAAAAACACAAAAAUAAAAG